CACGAACAUGUGCUUUAGCGCUAUAAUUAUAUUUGCAAAUAACUUUUCAAAUUGUUAUGGACUGUAUUUUUGCUAUAGUAUUCGUUUGUGAAAGAUUUGAAUUAGUUAAAAAAUAAUCAUUGCAAUCAUUUGAAUACUGAUUAGUCCGAGCAUGAGUUUGGUAUCCUUGAACGAAGGGGAAAAGGUGUACAUAAUUCAUGGAGUAGAGGAAAACUUCCGAUGUGAUGGUCGUAGUCGACAAGACUACAGGCCAUUAGAAUUGGAAAUGGACAUUGUGAGUAAUGCUAAUGGGUCGGCUCGCUUGCGAUUGGCCAAUUCUGAUAUUUUAGUUUGCGUUAAAGUUGAGAUUGAUACUCCUCUUCCAGAGACACCCAAUGAUGGAAAAAUUGAGUACUUUGUUGAUUGUUCAGCCAAUGCUACUCCUACAUUUGAGGGACGUGGUGGUGAACAAUUGGCUGCUGAGCUCAGUCGUUUUCUUUCGUUAGCCCAUUGUCCAGUGUUCAAUUUGAGCAAGUUGUGUAUCGUAUCUGGACAAUCAUGUUGGAAAUUAUUUGUGGAUGUCUUAAUCUUAGAAUGUGGUGGAAAUUUGUUUGAUGCUGUGUCAUUGGCUGCUAAAGCUGCAUUGUGUAAUACUAGUCUACCAAACAUAGUAGGAACUUAUGAGGAUGGUAAAAAUAUUGAUCUUCAGAUAUCUGAUGAUCCUUUUGAUACAAAACCUUUAGAUGCAAGAGAUUUACCUGUUUUGGUGUCUUUGUGCAAGAUUGGCAACAACUAUGUAGCGGACCCAACUAUAGAGGAAGAAAUAUGUGGUGCUGGAUGUAUUGUGAUAUCAGUCACACCCAAAGGUAAAGUGUCAGCUGUUUUGAAAAAAGGAGCAGGCAGUUUUAUGCCAGAUACAUUGAACGAGAUCAUUAUGUCUGGUUCACAAAUUGGAGUUUUGUUGAACAAAGCACUCGAAGAAACAAUUACUAAAGAUAUGUCCAGUAAUGUGUGUAAACAACGAUUUGGUUUCCUUAAAUAAUUAAUAAAAAUCAAAUGUAUUAAGUAUAAAAUUUUAUUGGAUGUAAG